AUGGGUGGACAUAUGUUAGAUCAACCUUUACCUGUACAAGGGUUAGAUUACGUGGAUCCAUUUUUAUUAAUCCAUCAUUGGAAAAGUGAAUUGCCGGGAGGGCAAAGACAGCAAGAAGCUGGAGUUGGCCCCCAUCCACAUAGAGGCUUUUCUCCUGUAACUUUUGUGUUUAAGGGAGAAGUGAAUCAUCAGGAUUCACUUGGUAACAAAGCCUUGGUUGGAGAAGGAGGAACUCAAUGGAUGUUUGCAGGAAAAGGCAUUACUCAUAGUGAGCGUUUUUCAAAAGAAUUAGUAAAGAGUGGAGGAGAGUUAGAAUUUAUUCAGUUCUGGGUGAAUGCACCAGCAAAAGAUAAGAUGAGACCAGCCUAUUACCAACCAAUUUCCAAGGAGCAUACUCCUGUUAUAGAAAAUAAAGAUUCAACAAUUUGGGUAGUGACAGGAGAAUUAAAUGGAGUGAGAGGAGCUGCACCAACUUAUAGUCCACAAACACUGCUUAGAGGAGAAAUUAAAGAAGGAGGAAAGGUUGAAAUUCCAAUUCCCUCUACAUUUAAUGCUAUUCUCUAUUUGCUGGACGGAGACGUAAUCGUAAACGGAGAAGAAGCGGUAGGAAAAGACAUGAUUGUAUUUGAACGGGAAGACGGCACUAUCAAUAUUCAAGCUAAAAUGAAUACAAGGUUUAUGAUUCUUUCUGGAGAACCAAUAGGAGAAAAAGUAGCUUCUUAUGGUCCUUUUGUGAUGAAUUCUCAAACUGAGAUAAUGGAAGCUUUACGGGAUUCUCAAUCUGGUAAAAUGGGAAUACUCAUUGAAGAAUUUGAUUAA